AAAUCAAAUUCUACUAUACGAUUUUUUAAUCGAGGUGAUUAUUAUACAUUACAUGGAAGCGAUGCUUUAUUUGCUGCUAAAGAAAUUUUUAAAACAACAUCUGUUUGUAAAAUGCUCGGUUCUGAACCUCAUAAGACUGAAGGUGUUAUAUUAAAUAAAAGUCAUUUUGAGACAUUUAUACGUGAUUUAUUAUUGGUAAAACAAUACAGAGUAGAAGUUUACAUCAAUCAAGGAUCAGCAAAGAAUCAAAAUUGGAUAUUAGAAUAUAAAGGAUCACCUGGUAAUCUAUCACAAUUUGAAGAUAUAUUAUUUGCUAAUAAUGAUAUUGCACUUGGAGUAUCAGUAAUUGCUAUAAAAUUAGGAACAGAAGGAAAAUCCAAAAUUUUAGGAUUAAGUCAUCUUGAUACGGUGGCUAAUUCUUUCUCAGUUUGUGAAUUCCAAGAUAGUGAAUCUUUCUCAAAUUUAGAAUCACUUAUUGUUACACUCAAUCCAAAAGAAUGUCUAUUAAUCCAAGGAGAUAGUAGUUAUGAAUUUGAUACUUUGAAACAGGUAAUAGAAAGAAGUAAUGUUUUAGUUACUUUAAGAAAAAAAAGUGAAUUUUCUAAUGAUUCAGUUGUACAAGAUUUAAAUACAUUGCUCAAAUUUACAAAAGGUCAACAACAAAAUGCACAAUCCUUACCUGAAAUUAAUUUAAAAUUAGCUAUGUCAGCUACAUCUGCAUUAAUUAAAUAUUUGGAUUUGACAUCUGAUGAAGGAAAUAUUCAUCAAUUUAACAUAGAACAAAUAAAACAAUCACGUUAUUUAAAAUUAGAUACAGCAGCUAUAAAGGCUCUUAAUAUUGAGCAUCGUUCAAAUGUAUCUUCUAAUUUCACUGGGAAUGUACCUGAUAGUAUUUUAACUUUAUUAGAUAAAUGCAAAACUCCGCAAGGUCAUAGAUUAAUUGCACAAUGGAUUAGACAACCUCUUAAAGAUUUGGCACUUAUAAAAGAAAGACAUGAUAUUGUAGAAGUAUUAGUUAAAAACAAUGAAUUGAGAUCUACUCUUAGCGAAGAUCAUCUAAGACGAAUACCUGACUUACAACAAUUAGCUAAAAAAUUAUCUAGAAAGAAAGCUAAUCUUCAAGACUGUUAUAAAAUUUAUAUGAGUGUAUCUCAUUUGCCAAAACUGAUAGAACAAUUUUCUGAUGUUUCUAAUACAACUGCCUUAAAAGAAUUAAUUAUAGAUCCAUUAAAAGAACUUAUCAAGGAUAUGGACAAAUUUCAACAAAUGAUUGAACAAACUAUUGAUUUAGAAGCAGCGGAAAAGGGAGAUUUUUUAGUUCAUCCUGAUUUUGACGAUGAAUUAAAAGAACUCAAAGGAGAAAUGGAUGAAAUGGAAGAAAAAGUACAAUCGCAGUUAAGUAAAGUAGCUGACGAUUUGGGUGUAGAAUCAGGAAAAUCAUUAAAAUUGGAAACCAAUCAACAGUUGGGCUAUUACUUUCGAAUAACGUUAAGAGAAGAAAAGAUGCUAAGAAAUAAAAAACAUUAUACUAUAUUAGACUCUAACAAGAAUGGUGUAAGAUUUAGAAAUAAUAAGUUAAAUGAAAUAAAUGAUGAUUAUAUUGCUGCUAGAGAGAAGUAUACAAAUCAACAGAAAACUGUUGUCACUGAAAUUAUUGAAAUUGCAGCUGGAUAUACCGCUCCGAUUAAAAAUAUUGGAGACGUCAUUGCCUGUCUUGAUGUUUUCGUGGCAUUUGCCUUAACUGCAGCAAAUGCACAUAUAACAUAUAUUCGUCCAGAAAUGCUUUCUAGUGAGCAUGGUGAAUUUAAUCUUGUUCAAGUGAGACACCCUUGUUUGGAAAUACAAGAAGGCGUUGAUUAUAUCUCUAAUGAUGUAUAUUUUAAAAAAGAUGAAGUUCAUUGUCACAUUAUAACUGGUCCAAAUAUGGGUGGUAAAAGUACGUAUAUACGUUCUGCUGGUGUAACUGCAUUAAUGGCACAUAUUGGAAGUUUUGUUCCUUGUGAAAAAGCAACAAUAUCUUUAUUGGAUUGUAUAUUGGCAAGAAUUGGAGCUGAUGAUUCACAAUUAAAAGGACUUUCAACGUUUAUGAUGGAAAUGAUAGAAACAGCAGCUAUUUUAAGGACAGCAACAUCUAAUUCACUUGUGAUCAUUGAUGAACUUGGUAGAGGUACAUCAACAUAUGAAGGAUGUGGUAUCGCUUGGUCCAUAGCAGAGCAUUUAGCAAAAGAAAUUAAAUGUUAUUGCCUAUUUGCAACGCAUUUUCAUGAGAUUACAAGACUUUCUGAAGAAAUACCAACAGUUAAAAAUCAACACGUGACAGCUCUUGUACAAAAUGAUAAACUUACUUUGCUUUAUAAAGUAAAGCCUGGUGUUUGCGAUCAAAGUUUUGGUAUUCAUGUUGCUAAAAUGGCUAAUUUUCCGGAUAACGUAAUAGAGUUUGCUAAACGAAAACAAACAGAAUUAGAAGAUUAUCAGGGAACAGUUUUUAAAGGAUCUGAUUGUCCAGAAAAAAAGCGAGAAAUUAUAAAGGAAGCUGAUGAAUUGAUAACUGAAUUUCUCAAUGAAUGCAAAACACUAGAUAAAUCUUUGUCAAAUGAACAAUUAAGAGAUAAAAUCUUGGAAUAUAAAAAAAAGAUUUGUUCUCAUCAAAAUCCAUAUAUUGACGCAUUAUUGUCAGAAGUUUACUAAUUUUUCUUUAUUUUUAAAUUUAUUCAAAAUAUACAUUACAGAUAUUUCAAAUAAACUGUUGAUCAUCGACAGGAUGUUACUGAUAAUGUAUAAGAUGCAGGCAGUAUUAAAUUACAGAAAAUACUAACAUAUUAAGAAAAUGUUAUAUUUUAUGCACAUUAAAUAAAAAAAAAAUAUUUUUUUA